AUGCAAAACCUCAACUCUGAGAUUGCCCAAAUGGUAGCAACCAAUCGAUUCCAUUUAUUUGGCCAGCUUCCAGCGGAACUCCGUCAUGAAAUCUGGAGGGAGUCUAUGGAGAGAGGACCAGUGGUUAUCUCGAUCGAGGGAACAUCGGACGAACUGAACAAGCCCGCCUAUUCCACCUCCGUGACCACAAAGGGAUCAAUCAUACCGGCAGCCGCACAGUCCUGUGCGGAGGCAUACGAUGUAUUCAAGAGCGCGAACCCACUUAUCAAGUUCUUUGGCCGUAGCGUACGGGCCAAAGCAAGCGACUGUGUCCUCCACCUGAGCGGAACGGUCUUCAAGAAUCCGGGCGUUUCGAUUCGCGAUCUGGUGAUGGACUACAAACUACGUCGUGUCGCCAUCAGCAAUGAACUAGGAGAUCAUCGAAUCCACCUAAAUCUAAUACGGUUUCUCAAGUCUGAAAAGUGUCAUAGCAUCCAGUUCGUUUUAUUCCUGCGAUCCCAAGCACCACAGCCGCCCAGGCGUGCCCGGGCGUUGAUCUUGGAAGCGUCAAUGCCAGAGGGCGCUCACUUGGGAAACAUCAUCGACUCGAAGCGACAUCUCAUCUAUAACUUCAAGGAAUGGCCAAAACCACCGGAGAUCCGUCUUCUCCCCGUUAUCAUGUCAACCAGCAGGCCGGCGAGGCCUGUGCGAGCCACUGGACCGGCGACAGAUGUCUAG